UGGAAGAGAAAAAACCACGUGCUCGUCUACUGUUUCAAACCCACAUCAUCACAGUGAUACACUUACUUCAUUGGUUUUUACUACGGCUACAGCUCAUCAAACAGAUUGUUGGGUCACUUUGUAAAGGCCCUUUGAAACUAGAGAGACUACCAUGGCAGAUCUGAAAGGUUUUGAUAUUGAUGCCCCACGCUGGGAUCAAUCCACAUUCAUGGGCCGUCUCAAAUACUUUUUCAACAUCACAGACUUUCGCACUGUUCUGCUGACCGACUCCAGACUCGACGAAGCUAAAGCUUUAGUAGAGAGCUGCAGAGCUGGCUCUAGUCCUCCAGGCACAACCGAAGAGCAGCGGUACUAUGCAAAGAAGCUGUAUGACUCUGCGUUUCACCCUGACACGGGGGACAGGAUGAAUUUUAUAGGAAGAAUGUCAUUUCAGGUGCCGGGAGGAAUGGCCAUCACAGGGUUCAUGCUGCAGUUUUACAGGACAGUUCCCGCAGUAGUGUUCUGGCAGUGGGUGAAUCAGUCUUUCAACGCUCUGGUCAACUACACCAAUCGCAAUGCUGCAUCACCCGUCACACAAAAGCAAAUUGGAAUUGCUUAUGUAACAGCCACCAGCACAGCACUGGCCACAGCGGUGGGGCUAAACCUCUACACGAAGAAAGCUCCUCCACUGGUGGCUCGCUGGGUCCCGUUCGCUGCCGUGGCCGCUGCUAACUGUGUGAACAUUCCAAUGAUGAGACAACAGGAGAUUUUGAAUGGCAUCUCUGUGACAGAUGAAGAUGGAAAUAAACUGGGUCAUUCAAGGAAAGCAGCUGUCAAGGGCAUCACACAGGUGGUCGUCUCUCGCGUUACCAUGGCAGCACCAGGCAUGAUUAUACUCCCAAUUAUUAUGCAGAGGCUGGAAAAAUAUCGAUUCAUGCAGAAAAUCACAUUUCUUCAUGGGCCACUGCAGGUCAUGAUGGUUGGUGCAUUUUUGGUAUUCAUGGUGCCUGCAGCGUGUUCACUGUUUCCUCAGAGAUGUUCCAUGGCUGUAUCCAAGUUGGAACCUGAGCUCAGGGAAUCCAUCGUCUCUCAGCAUGGAGACCGUGUGAGAUUUGUUUACUUCAACAAAGGCCUGUGAGCGCCGGCCAAUCAGACUGACCCAUCCGGACUCAAUGCUGGAGUCACUGUCCAAUCAGAGGUUCUUGAAGAUGUUUUCGCGAUAAACGAUAAAAAAAAAGCUUGCCAAGGAUGUGACUGUUUUGUAUCGUUUACACAACGUAUUUUUUUUAUUUAAACUUUAAAUACAAAGUUUUGUUACAGUACCCAGAAAAAUGUAUAUGCUUUAAAGCAUAAUUUAAAGAGAAUUGUAUAUGGUCCCAAAUGCUGCAAUUCAGAUGCCGUCUAUUCCUUGGCUAUGAGCUACCCUGAAUAAUCAGGAACAGAUUUUAAUACCUAAGAACUAUUUCACUUGAUGCCAAAAGGGGAGUCUGCAUAUUUUAUUGCAAGCAUUUCUCAGGAAGUUUAUUUUAAGGGUUUGGUUUAUUUAAUGCUCUAAAACCCUUCAUUGAAUUCAUUAAAUGAUUUUUUUGUCAGA